AUAUCUAAACUGAUUCAUUUAUUUUCGUUUAAUUUUUUGCCUCAAAAGCUUCGAGAUGAAUUUUCUUUGCUCGAUUAUGGAAUCAAGAUAAACGAAAUAAUCCAUUUUUGCAUUCAAAGGCUCGAAGUACCAGUUGAAACAGAGCAUUAUCAUGAAAAAAAUGAACUACAAGAUAGAUCGUGUGACACUUUGAAAGAUAUAAAUGAAUCAAAAAAGACAAACAAGUCAAUUGAAAGCAGUUUGACACCAGUUGAUAAAGAUGAUUAUUAUUUGAUUGGUGAUCAUGUUGACUGCCUUCAUCCUGAAAUUGGUGCUUGGUUUGAAGGUAAAGUUUGUGGCCUGUACCAACUGAAUAGUUCCAAUCAAACAUUGUAUGAAAUAAAAUUCUGGAAGUCAUCACUGCCAGAGACUGUAAAGGUGACCAUCAAUGGAAUCAGACCUCAAUCCUAUCAACAAAUACGUUUGUAUGACCUAAAUCCUGGAGAUUUGAUUCUAGCCAAUUCAAAUUUAACAAACCCUGGACAAAUUGGUUAUUGGUAUGAUUUCCUGGUAACAAGUGUGAAUAUUAAACGCAAAAUUGUUCAAGGAACAUUAUUCAUAGGUGAUAAAGUGACAUUAGAUAAACACAGUAUAACAGGAAACUCAAUUUUCUAUGCUGUUCAAGAUAAUCAACCAAUUGUUCAACGGAAUAGUAAACAAGCCAAACUGAUUGCCAAUGGAUCUGAAAGAAAAAGACCUACUGUUGCUGAAUGUACACAGUGUUCAGAUGAUCCGGAAACACCUUGCGUUGAAUGCUCUUGUUGCCAAUGUGGAUCUAAAGCUGAUCCCGAGAAGCAAAUUGUGUGUGAUGAAUGUAACAAUAUCUUUCAUCUUUGUUGUUUACCUCAACCCCUUGAAAGGCUUCCGCCGGAAGAUGAAGAUUGGUAUUGUCAUAACUGUAAAAAUACAGAUGCUAUUGAUAUUGAGAUGAAAGAAGAGGCUUCACGACUGGCUAAAGGAUUAAAGAGGAAACGAAAAGCAUCGACAAAGUCAUCUAACAAUGUGAUUGAUGUUAAUGGUGGACUAUUAACAUCCACAGUUCCUGAAAAGUUGAUAAAUAAUUGGGGUCGUGGUAUUAGUUGUGUUGGUCGAACCAAGGUUUCUGAAGUUGUUCCUAAAAAUCAUUUCGGUCCAAUACCUGGAAUACCGGUUGGAACCAUUUGGAGGUUUCGUUUUCAAGCCUCAGAGGCCGGAGUUCACACUCCUUUAGUUGCCGGUAUUCAUGGUAAACAAUCUGUUGGAGCCUUUUCCAUCGUCUUUUGCUGUGGUUACGAUGAUGAUAUUGAUCUGGGUGAUGAGAUCUAUUUUACUGGAUCGGGAGGAAAAGAUUCAUCAACAACUAAAUGUAGGGUUGGCGGUCCUCAAAUCAAGGAUCAAGAACUGACUCGGUGUAACAAAGCGUUGGCUAUUAAUUGUGCAGCACCAUUUUCAAAUGAAGGAGCCAGCUCAGGGACUAACUGGAGAUUAGGUAAACCAGUGAGAGUUUUACGAAGUGGAAAUGCGCGAGGAUCUACCAAAAAAUCACCCUAUCUUCCUAAAAUUGGCGUUAGAUACGACGGUACCUACAAAGUAGUUAAAUAUUGGCCUGAAAGGAAGGAUAAUGGUCUGUUGAUCUGGAGAUUUCUUCUUCGCCGUGAUGAUACUGCACCCUCACCAUGGACUAAAGAAGGUAAACGACAGAGUCGUAAGCUGGGUUUAUCUUUGAUUGAACCUCCGGGUUUCAUUGAAACUUUUCCUAAAAGAUCAUCAAAGAAACGAAAAGUUGAUCAUAUUGAUCAGAAUGAUUUGAUUGUCAAACGGUUAAAAGUCACUCCUUAUAAAUUACCAUCAAAUGUUGUUGAUUUGAUUCAGCAAGAUAAACAAAAUUCACAUCUUUGGAAAGAGAUUAUCAAAUCAACUGCUGAAGGCGAGAAGGUUUUCUUGUCUCGAGUUGAAGAAUCGUUUAGAUGUGCUUGUUGCCUGGAGAUUGUUUUCAAACCCGUUACAACUUUCUGUUCUCAUAAUAUGUGCAAGGUAACAUUUUUUAGCGAAUUGAUAAUAUCAGAAUAGUUCAAUAUCAUUACAAUACUAAUGCAUCAUUUAAUU